UGAGGGAGACUACUCUGAAGCAGACUACUCUGAAGCAGACUACUCCGAAGCAGUCCAGGAUAAGAACAGUGAGUAUCAUCCUUUUCAUAUAUAAUGACAAUUCUAUAAAUAGGGGAAACUUUUUGUCUGGAUGUCUAAUUAACUAUGGGGGAUUGUUUUCUCUCUGUGGAACAAAAAUUGUCAAGAGGGAUAUUGUUAAAAAGAGGCCUAUAACAGAAUAAGAAAUAACAACAUUGAAAUGUGUACAAUUUUAAACAUAAAAAAUAAAAAAACACAAUCUGCAUUUUAUACAACGUUACAUCAAAGCAGCUUGUCUCCCAGAGGGGACAAUGAUGAGAACAUCAAAGAUGACCAAGUUCCUCCAAUAGAUAAAGAAAACAACAACAGUAUUACAUUCUGAUAAGAUGACAGACACCUCUGCCUUCCCCUCUGGUUUAUCAGAAGGUUCUAAUAUCUUUGAUGUCAAGUGUAAUAACUCCAGCCUUGGUAAGACAUCUGGAACUGUACAUGCAAUAGUACAACGGGUCAACUUGAAAAGCUUUCCGUGGGUGUGUUAUGGUUACCGUGGUCACGUGUUGUACCAACCCCACAGAACAAGGACAGGAGAAAUAUGAAAAGGGAUGAAAAGAGAGCAAGGUUUGUCCCAGAGUAUAAUGCUCCUCCCCUAUUUUGUUUUGACUAUUUGAAUCACCUGGGCGACGUCCCAAAUGGCACCUAUUCCCCUACUCCCCUAUUUAGUGCACUACUUUUAAGCAGGACCCAUAGGGCUCUGGUAAAAAGCUGUACACUACAUAGGGAAUAGGGUGUCACUUGGGACGUAGUCACUGUCCACAAGGUGGUUCUGGAAAUUCAGGGUGAUUCAAUACAUAAACAGUAAACUCUUCGGGAAAAAAAGGGUUCUUCGGCUGUCCCCGUAGGAGAACCCUUUUCGGUUCCAGGUAGAACCCUUUUUGGUUCCAUGUAGAACCCUCGGUGGAAAGGGUUCUACAUGGAACCCAAAUGAGUUCUGCCUGGAACCAAAAAGGGUUCUUCAAUAGGUUCUCCUAUGGGGACAGACAAAGAACCGUUUUAGGUUCUAGAUAGCACCUUUUUUUUCUAAGAGUGCAUAUAAGGCUGAGAAGGCACACCUACUUCGGUGAGGUGCAAACCAGUGGGAAAUGUUGUACUUUUUAUAUUUAACCAGGUAGUCUCCUUGAAGGAAGUCAGAAGACCCUCUUUCCCAAGGGAGAUAAUACUUGGAAGGAGAAUAAUUAAUACCCAGGUGUUCUCCAGCUGUCAUCAUGACGCAGCAGCCUCCAGACGUCCUCACCGUAAUAGGUACCGGCAUAGUGACUGACACUACAGCGUCUGGAGCCCUGUUACUGCUGCUCUGUCUCCUGCUCAUCACUACCUGGUGCCUCGCUAACGCAUCACACGUACCAGGUAAGACCAAUGAUGUGUGAAUGAUGUGUGAAUGUGUCUUAAGGGGAAAACACAGCCACUCUCUCUCUCUCUCUCUCUCUCUCUCUCUCUCUCUCUCUCUCUCUGUCUCUCUCUCUCUCUCUCUCUCUCUCUCUCUCUCUCUCUCUCUCUCUCUCUCUCUCUCUCUCUCUUCGUCUAACAACUGUCACUACCAUGUAAUAUGAAAUAUCAUAAUGUCUUUUUGUUGAUCAUUUGAAGAUUAAACCUAUUGAGGCUUAAUACAUUUAGGAAUUGUAUCUCUAAUAUCUCAUAUAAAAGUUGAUAGCCAAUUGUUAACUAGAAAGACAUUGGCUGUUCAUAAUAGAACGGUUAAUACUGUAAGACUGUGGCAAACAGCAAUCCUGUACUAACCUGCGUCUCUCUACUGUACGUACCUCUAUGGCAGGUCCUUUCUUCUGGGCAGGUCUGGGUCCUAUCCUCUCCUACUCUAGAUUUAUCUGGACCGGGAUAGGAACAGCCUGUAACUACUACAACAAGAGAUAUGGGAGCAUGGUCCGGGUCUGGAUCAACGGAGAAGAGACUCUCAUUCUUAGCAAGUUAGUUCUGUUGAAAUGGAAUUGGAAAAUACUCCACUCAUUCAGUUCUGGGAAGGUAUCCAUCAAGCGUCUCAGAGUAGAGCUAAGAUCCACUGAAAAGUAAAAACGGAUCCAAGAUCAGCACUCCUGCUUUGAGACUCUCUAUUAAUACAGGUUGGAAUUGCUUUGUGGAAACUGGGAAAAAGAGAAGUCUUAUUACAUUGUUGUAACGGUGGUGUUACACUCUGGUCUCACUCGUGCAGGUCCUCUGCUGUCUACCAUGUCCUGAAGAGUGCCCGCUACACAGCCCGGUUCGCCAGUAAACAGGGACUGCAGUGUAUCGGGAUGGACGGGAGAGGCAUCAUCUUCAACAGCGACGUCCCACUCUGGAAGAAAGUGAGGACAUAUUUUGCGAAAGGUACACGACAGAGACUUGGAAGUUUUAUUUAAACAUGAUUGUCUGACUCGCUAACGCUGACUCGCUAACGCUGACUCGCUAACGCUAACUCGCUCUUACUAGAUGUCAAAUUAAUUUAUGUUAUGGUCUGGUGCAGGGUUGGGAUCAAUUCCAUUUCAAUUCAGUCAAUGGAAUUCUUCCUGAAUUGCCUGAAUUGAAAUGGAAUUGACCCCAUCCUUGGUGAGGUGUGUAUGUGUGUGUCAGCCUUGACAGGACCUGGUCUGCAGCGGACCAUAGGGAUCUGUGUGAGUGCUACAGACAGACACCUGGAGCGUCUGCAGGAGAUGACUGACCCCUCUGGACACGUAGACGUUCUCAACCUGCUGAGAUGCAUCGUAGUGGACAUUUCUAACAAACAGUUCCUCAGGGUGCCUCUCAACGGUCAGUGGCAGGAUGUGUGUGUGUGUGUGUGUGUGGGGGGGGGAGGGGUUUGUCUGUGUGGGAUGUGGGGACGUCUGUCCUGGCACCCCAAUGGUGGAACCAGCUUCCCCCUGAAGCUAGGACAGCAGAGUCCCUGUCCAUCUUCUGAAAAACAUCCGAAACCCUACCUUAUCAAAGAGCACCUCCUCCUCACCUUGAUCCCCUCCACCCCACACCCCCUUACUAGCACUGACUUUGCUGAUAACUACUUUAUUGGGGACAAAUGUACUUACUAUGACUGUUGUAGUGUCGAGUAAACGUUGCUAAUUAUGCUGUGAUGACCAAGGAGGACCCGCUGACGCUGUAUUUUCAUCAUAAGGUUUAUUCAUAACAAAGGGUUACAGCGUCGAUUUACAGAUACCUGCAGAUACCCGGAGAAUAAUCGCCCCAUCUCUAAUAUGAUUAUUCUGACCUCUUUUGUCCCAACUGUGGUAUAUAUGCUAUGUAAUCUGAUAUGGGUGUUCCCCUACAGACCAAUCCCAGGAGGACACCUAACAGACUUCCUCUGUUCUAUGGUGUGUCACUCUAAAACGGCUCCCUCUAAAACUGAAUAAACCUCCUCUCAGGUUCCACUUGAAAACAUUAGCAAAGUCAUAAUUCUUCAUACACUACACUGUGAUAUGUGGUUGUCCCACUUAGCUAUCUUAAGAUGAACGCACUAACUGUAAGUCGCUAUGGAUAUGAGCGUCUGCUAAAUGACUAACAUGUCAACGUAAAUGUAAACGGGACAUCCUUGACACAUCGAAUUAUGCCAAAAGCUUUGACUGUGUGUCUUUGUGCUUUAUGUAACUCAGAGAAAGAGCUGCUAUUGAAGAUCCAACACUACUUUGACACCUGGCAAACGGUUCUGAUCAAGCCUGAUAUCUUCUUCAAAUGUGGAUGGGUGUACAAGAGGCACCAACAAGCAGCGUAAGUUCUCACAUACGCUUAAAGCCACAAUCUGUAAUUUUCUCCAAUGUUUACAUUGGUGGUCACUCUUGUGGUCCUCUGUAGCUCAAUUGGUAGAGCACGGCGCUUGUAAUGCCAUGGCUAGUGGGUUCGAUUCCCGGGACCACCCAUACGUAAAAAUGUAUGCGCGCAUGACUGUAAGUCGCUUUGGAUAAAAGCGUCUGCUAAAUGGCUUAUUAUUAUUAUAAUUAAGGUGUGUGUGGGUUUUAAUCAAGUGUUUCUACGUCUUGUUUCUAGCAAGGAACUACAGGACGUGAUGGAAAGCCUUAUUGAAACCAAAAGAAAAGCUAUCGUUGAAUCUGAAAAACUGGACGAUGAUCUCGACUUCACCUCAGAACUCAUCUUUGCCCAGGUCUGUUACUGCCGACGAAUGAAAUCGUGUCGUUUGUGCACAACAUUGUACGGGCGUCACUAAGAAAAAACCUGUCGAUCUUUAUCGACCGUGUGUGUGUUGACCAGAGCCACGGAGAGCUGUCGGCGGACGACGUGAGACAGUGUGUGUUGGAGAUGGUGAUAGCGGCCCCGGACACUCUGUCCAUCAGUCUGUUCUUCAUGCUCAUGUUGCUGAAGCAGAACCCUGAGGUGGAGAUGAAGAUUGUAGAGGAGAUCAGCACUCUCAUAGGUGACACCUUUCAAAAUAAAAAGUGGGGUUUCACAGUUAGGUGGAAUUUCUAAUAAUAUAUAAUAUAGGUCACGUAGCAGACGCUUUAAUCCAAUGCAACAGCGACUUACGUUACAGUGAAUGCGUCCAUUUUUAGUAUGUGUUUAUGAUCUCUGGGGGGACUUGAACCCACCAUCUUACGGGCACUCUUACCAACUGCGCCACCCGUGACUUAUAAUUGAGACAAAUAUCUGACAGAUGGCAAACUAUAUAUUUUAGGCACAACAUGCUGACAAGCUCCUGUUCACUUCUAUCCACAGGUGAGAAUGACGUAUUGACAGUUGACUUCCAGAACUUCAGAGUGCUGGAGAGUUUUAUCAAUGAGUCCAUGAGGUUCCAUCCUGUGGUAGACUUCACCAUGAGGAAGGCGCUGGAAGAUGACGUCAUCGAUGGGACCAAGGUUACCAAGGGAACCAACAUCAUCCUAAACAUAGGGCUUAUGCACAAGACUGAGUUCUUCCCCAAACCCAACGAAUUCAGCUUGGAAAACUUUGAUAAAACUGUAAGUGGGAGUCGGGGCGGUCCUAUUUCUUAAAAGCAUUGUACUGCAAACUGAUGUGUUGUCAUAAUUGAUGGACAAGUCUGUGAAAUUAUUCAGAAGUAGCGUGUGGUUUACUUGGUUCCAGAUCUGUUUGUGUCUUCUUGCCAACUCCUUUGAUUCAUGCCAAACAUGAUAAAGACCUCAGGAGUUGUCAACACAACGCAAACCGAUCUGGUACCAGGCUAUGAUUGACCUUUCCUCGCUCUCCAUCAGGUGCCCAGUCGUUUCUUCCAGCCGUUCGGUUGUGGCCCUCGCUCCUGUGUGGGUAAACACAUCGCCAUGAUGAUGAUGAAGGCUGUCCUGGUGACGCUGUUGUCGCGGUACACGGUGUGUCCUCGUCAUGGCAACACACUGAGCAGCAUCAGGCAGACCAACAACCUGUCACAGCAACCUGUGGAGGAUGAACACAGUCUGGCCAUGAGGUUCAUACCCAGAAUGACACAACUACCUGACCACAACCAGCCCCCACUGACCACUACC